UGGCAACUCUGCCAAGGACACUCACUGGUCAAGAGUAGGGAGAGUAUCUAGUUCAUCGAAAGCCCUAGAUAUAAUUUCUCCAGUACGUUUAAGCUCGAUUGACUCCAUUUAGAAAUAUUUGGAUGAGGAGGUCUUUUGUUUAUUGCUGCCUCUACUGAAUUGCUCUAUACAUACCUACCUAAGUAUCUAACCUAUAGUGAAGCUCGAUGUCAGGAUUUGAGAUCGCUGGCGUGAUUCUGGGGGUCAUUCCCCUGGUUAUUUCUGCCGUGGAAGAUUACAAGGCGUCCAAGGGUGCACUGGCAUCGAUGCUUCAAUGGAAAGUUCUACUUUCCCAUCUAACUCAAGCACUACUCGACCAGAAACUAGCCUUUCACCUUGAUAUCGUCGAGCUAUUGCGCCUGGUCGGAGUGGAGGAAGUCGUAAACAGGUCCGGCAUCCCAUCAGAAGAAGAAUGUGUUCAAAUAUUGCGAAAGAUGACGGAUAGUGAUGAGAUGAAAGAAUUUUUUGACUCUUUCCAUAAUAAAUUUUUGGAAAUCUUAAGAAGAUAUGAGAGUCGCCUCAAGACUAUUGUGACGAAGUUAACACACAUUGUUCGCCCUCAUAACGCGAAAGAGGAUGACUAUGACUUGAGUAAGAUUCUAGCCAUUAACGACAAUGGCAGAGGAGGAUUCGGAUUCACUAAGAGCAUUAAUUUCACAAUUAGAAGAAGCGAAUUAAGGGACUUGAUUGCUCAAUUGCGUGAUGAUCGGCAAUGUCUCAAAAUCCUGAUCGAUGCCAUGCAAAAACAUCAAGAAUAUAAUCCGAAACCCACACGCAAGGCAGCUCAACUUGCCCAGACAUUCCGACGGGUCAAGGCCAGUAUAGCACCACUAUUCGCAGCUAUGCGUGAAGUCUGUACGUGCGAUUGUUCAAAUGGGCAUAAAGUUCUGCUGCAGCUGGAGAGCCGUAUGCCCUUGCAAGAUAAAAAACGGCGUCAUGUUCAAACCAUAUUCAGCCUUGUCCUUGAACUGAAUGGCGAUUUACAAGAGGCUCUAGUCAAUGCUUCUCGAACUUCCUACGAGCCAGAAGUCGAAGUGUCAGCGAAAUGUUCAACGUUCGAUAGCCGACGAAUCAAAUUCUUACUACCGAAAGUAUCUAAUGCGGAAACAGCUACAGUCAGGCCGUUCGUAGAACAAGUGGUGAAGAAGAGUCAAGCAAAGAGACCGAACACUGCCAGGGGUCCGGAUCCGAAACCAGUUUUGAUAGAACUGGCAAUACUACUACUGGAAAUCUGGAACCAUAAGCCACUCGAGAUGUGGAUGGGAAGGGACACAUUAGAUUCCGAGGGCGACAGAAUGCUAGCGGCAGUCAAAUGGCUCCAAACCUCGAAUAAUUUAUCAGAAUAUCAUUGUGCUGCGAUUGAAGGGUGUUUACGCAUUUGUUCGAGUCGGUUGCAGGAUUGGAAGAGGGAUGAAUUUUUGGUCGAGUACUGCGAAAAUGUUAUUAAACCACUUAGGGAAAGCUGUAAAGCAUGGUAG